UUUUAAUUUUAGGCAAGCUCAAAAUUACGUGGAGCACGUGUCACAACAAACAUGGCGGCGCUCAGGCCAGGUAACGAUGACAAGGCGUGGAACGAUCCUCCGGUGUUCGCCUACACCGAAGUCCAAGGCACACCCGCUGCCGCCGCGCCCAAGCGAAACCUCCUGAACAAGAGGGUUCCCUAUCCUCAGGAUGGUAUAAAACCUCAGAGCGCACCAUCUGUGACAGCCUCGGCACCGCCUCCUACAGGACCGCCAGUGCCUUCACCUUUAAAAGCAUCCCACUCUGAUGACCCCGCAGAAGCUAGUAAUAAAGAUUACCAAAAGGAGGCAGUAGGGGUGAAUGACACUCCCAAGGCAAACCCCACCUGUUCCCCAGAAAGCCUCAAGGAGGAGACAUUGAGCAACCUCGACAAAGCUGUUGCACAAUGCGCACCGAACAUGGAGAAAAGAAAGCAAGAUGAUGUAAGGAAACGGCUAGAUGUGCUCAAAAGUGUUUGGGAGCAGGGAAAGCUCAGCCUACCAGUGCAGCAGCGAAUGCACGAGUUAGCAGUGGAGCUUCUAAAUGGAAAUCAUGAGAAGGCAAAUGCACUUCACAUUUCCCUAAUGGUGGACUAUGUAAGCGAGGUCAGCCAGUGGAUGCUUGGCAUCAAGCACCUAAUCUUAGCAGCCCAGGAAGCACAGGAAAAGCCUGCUAGUGAUACGCAGGAGUCCACUUGACCUCUGCUAAAAAAACUGUUAGGCAUAUUUAAAAGCCUGCUGAUGCAGGCUACUCUUGUUUUUAAAAGGAGGCCGUUUGUAGGAUGUUGAGAAAGAAAAAAAGGCGAGUAACUUUCUCCUGCGAAGGCAAUCCUUGGGUAAAGUUUUAUGGGCACUUCUACUGACACGAAUGGCACUUCAGACCUCAUGGCAUUUGUUGCGGUUGUGAGAUGCGUGGCAAAAUUUAGAAAUAUAACAGCUUUUGUGGUAUACCUGUGCACUUCAGUGAUAAAAGCUUCUUGUGAUCUGAUGUCAA